UUUUUCUGUGUAUAUAUCCUUCUAUCUGCCUCUGCUUCUGUUCCACAUUCAUUUCAUUCUCUUUCUUUUCUCUUCACUUCAGACAGAAGAUCCAUCACUCAAUACGACACUCCCUUCCGUCGUAUCACAUAGCUUCAUUGAAAAUUGAGCCAUUUUCGGCUCUGUAAUGUUCUAUACUCCUUUCCAAUUACCCGCCGCAGAAGAGAUUCAAGUUCAGGAGAUCCAGUGGGAGAAAGAGCGAUAAACCUGCUAGUUGUUUCCCGAAUCCAAUUCCAUCGUAAUUCACGAAGAAACAAAGAAGGCUUGGACAUGGAUGAGAAGAUUAUGAAAGAAGCUGACGUAGCGGAGGUUGGGAAGAUUGUGAAAGAAUCUGAAGUUGCGGAGGUGGACGCGGUUUCCACCGCAAAAUGCUGCUGCUGCGGAUUGGUGGAAGAGUGCACACUCGCAUACAUUAUGCGUGUGAGAGAGAGAUUCGGGGGAAGAUGGAUAUGUGGUUUAUGUUCCGAGGCAGUGAAGGAAGAAAGAGCGAGGUCAAAGAGCGAGGAGAAGCUAAUCACAAUGGAUGAAGCUUUAAAGCGACACACCAAAUUCCGCCAACAGUUUAGGUCUUCUGCUGCUACUGAUCAUAAGAAAGAUUUCAUACAUGCUGUGAGACAGAUAUUUUUUAGGAGUUUGGAUUCUCCUAGGAAGAAGGAAAGUUUUGCUUGUAGGCCUCUUGGUAGAUCUAGUAGUUGCUUCCCAGCGAUGGAAACAACUCCGCCGAGGACGACAGAGACACACACAGAGUGAUUCAAUUCAUUGGUAUUCAUCGGGUACUUUUGUUAUAAUAAUGGUAAGAAUAAGGAUAGACAUUGGACAUUGUUAGUGGAUCAAGGUUUAGUUAGAAAUAGCUGUGUCUUGUAUUCUGAUGUUGUUUAUGUUUUUAGUUCAGAGGUUGUUUUGUUUUGAAGAUUAUGGUUUAUGUUUUUUCUUUGGCAUUGGUGAUUGAAUGGAUGAUGGUUGAAAGGAGUUUUCCUUCCUGGACUUCAAUCACUUGGUUGUAAUUUUAUUUUGAUACUAGCAAUUGAACUUUAGUUUUCGUAUCGUUGGAUCGAAUUCAGUUUAUGAAAUUUAUUUGAAGCUAGCUUUUGUUUUUA